GGAGGAGCCGCGUCCGCCGGAUGGGCUGGGCUCCUCCCUCCUCCUCCUCCUCCUUUUCCUCCUCCUCCUCGUCGCCGUCUUCUUCUUCCCCCUCCCCACCAACCCGCCUCCAGCCGUUUCCCGCCGCCCUGCUUCCACGCACGGCGGGUCCCGCCUCGCGCCGCUGCCGACACGGCCGCCGCUGCCGCUGCGGGAACAAAGGAGCGAAGCGGCGGCGGCGCGGCCGCCAGCCCGGCGCCCCCCGCAACCCGCGCUCUCCCCGCGGCCGCCCGGAGCUAUCCGUGGCGCCUUCUCCGGCACCCGCCGCGGGGUUUGUGGCCCCCGCCGGGAACAGCAUCGAGAUGACUCAGGAGACAAACCAGACCCCAGGGCCUAUGCUGUGUAGUACAGGAUGCGGAUUUUAUGGAAAUCCUAGGACAAAUGGGAUGUGUUCUGUUUGCUACAAAGAACAUCUUCAGCGACAGCAGAAUAGUGGUAGAAUCAGCCCAAUGGGAACAACCAGCGGUUCAAACAGUCCUACCUCAGACUCUGCAUCUGUACAGAGAGCAGACACUAGCCUAAACAACUGUGAAGGUGCUGCUGGCAGCACAUCUGAAAAAACAAGAAACGUGCCUGUUGCCGCUUUGCCUGUAACACAGCAAAUGACAGAAAUGAGUAUUUCAGGAGAGGAGGAAUUAAAACCGAAAACAGAGACUGAGCCAGUUGUUACUCAACCAAGCCCAUCAGUUUCUCAGCCUGGUACUUCAGAGAGUGAAGAGAGAGCUCCUGAACUGCCGAAACCAAAGAAGAACAGAUGUUUCAUGUGCAGGAAGAAGGUUGGUCUUACAGGAUUUGACUGCCGAUGUGGAAACCUAUUUUGUGGACUUCACCGUUAUUCUGACAAGCAUAACUGCCCAUAUGAUUACAAAGCAGAAGCUGCAGCAAAAAUCAGAAAAGAGAAUCCAGUUGUGGUAGCUGAAAAAAUUCAGAGAAUAUAAAUUAAUCUGCUUGUGAAAAGACUGACUGACUUUUUGUGGGGCUUUUUUUUCAAUACAUCCUAAAAAACAUGAUAAGAGCAGGUGCAUGGUCAUUUUCCUUUGUUUUCCAAAGUUUUCUUCUAGUCCUGUCUAAAUGAUACUUCAAAUGUUUGGGUGUUUGUUACAGGCAGAAUUGGAUAGAUACAGCCAUUGAAAAUAUAUAUGCCCUCCGCAGAGUAGAUGGAUGAUCAGAAGCCUGCACAGGAAUAUACAUGCGCAGAGACAGAUACUAGUUCACAUGUGCCAAACAGAUGUAUACAAUCUGCAUGUGUGCAGCAGCUCUGCCUUUUGAGAUGUGCAUGAGAUAUUUAAUGUUCGGCUAGUGUUAUAUGCCUGUUUUGGAGAAGGAUACAUCAAAACAGUUGGCAGUCUACUUCCAUCAUUUAAAAUCUCAUUCUACUUUUAGUUGCCACACUCCAUUUUAGUUUUCCAGCAGAAUGCAAGCUGUGUAGAGGGGUCUACCAUCCCAGUAAGAUGAGUGUUGGUGCCAUAUUUGAGUCACUUAACAACUGCACUGAGAAAAAUAAAUCAUAUACUGAGAAGAAAAUUGUUUUAUAAAAGAUCACAUUAUCUUUAAAAUCUCGGAAAAAAGUUCCCAAAGGAAACGUCUCAUUAGGAGCUUAUGAACUGACCUGCAACAGAGUUGUCUGCUUUUCCUUGCCUAGCUAAAAGUGUUGUGUAGCACAAUAUUGUAAGAUUGGUUUUCAAAAAACAGUUACAAAUGUUUCUAGAGGUAUCACAGCAUCUCUAUCAAGCAAUACAGGUUUAAAUAAGUUGCUGAAACACUAGAGCAGUUUAUUAUUCAUGUACUACUUAUGUUCUGUGUGUUCCAAGUUCAGAAGAAUAUUAGGAAUUCAUUUUUCUAGUUUUAAAUGUAACAGUUGCACUGUUCUGCAUGGAAAACCAUACCUAACAUGGCUGCUGUAGACUUAAAUGGUAGCUGGAACCACUCUUGGAGGGCUGCUUUAUCAUUUUUAAUUGUACUUGGGUAUAGGACUGUAGUGUUCUUGGGUGUAUUGCAUGGGCUGCGUUAUCUACGGCAUUGUACAAUAACAACUCUAGAAAAGGCAGUAUUCUUCACUGAUGCUUGUCUGGUAAUAUAUAUCACUUCUGUGUUAUAAUGGAAGGGGUUUUUGUGAUGUAUGAAAUUUGGUUUUUUAUAUAAACAAAUACGGUUUAGACUAGUGUUGUGGUAAUGCCUGUUGUCAUUUGUAAAUAGUUACAUACUUACACAAGGCACUACUUCUGACCUGAUUUUUGUUGACAGUGUUAAGUCUUGGUUUUUACUUCACUAUUAAAAGCGUCAGGUUUUCGCUUCUAACUUUGUUCUUCUGAGUUACUAGAUAUGCAAACAUGUACAGAUAGUUCAUAUUUAUGUAUUGCACAUAAGCUACCCAGCAUCUAUGCUAUAUCGUAUUAUGUAAAUAAUGUACAGAAGGAAAUACUUCCUUUUAUGAUAGUUCAUUGGUUGUAGUUCUUGCUGUAAUGAGAAUGUAACCUUGUAGAGACUGAAGUGCAAAGCUUAAUAUAAGUUCUUACUGAUGUUGUCUUAUGCAUAAGCUUCCUAUGUCUUUAUUUGGGUAUAUGAGGUUUUUUUGAGGCAAAUUGCAUGAGCAACUGGAAUACAGGUAACUACUUGAUGACCGGAUGAAAAUGCCAGCAAACAACAAUGUGCUUUAAAGGGAGAAAAGGAAAGUAUUAGCAGUGAACCUACUAACUUUCUUCCAGUGGAUCUGUCGUGAUAGAGCCAGUACACUGACUGAAUUGUUUUGUCCACGUCCUCACCAGCAGACUUUGGCAGAGUUACUGUCAGCGUCUUCAACCAAAUAUAGGUGUAUUUGUUGGUACUUCAUUAAAAGUACCUGGUUUGUCUUUUCCAGUGGGAAGGAAAAGGAUGCAGUACACAGCACAUGUUGCAAUGAAGGAAGACGUCUUCAAUACCGGAUGGUUGUAAAAAUUGCUUGUAUCAGAAGUGGAUAAUGUGUAUCCCACCAGUCAGUUGGUAGUCAACGUGAUAAGCUAAAAAUCCAGCCACUGUGUGUACCUCCAGUAAGGGAACACAGCCAUGCUCUGGGACUUCAUCAUGGAACUGCUUUAAAACACCAAAAUUAAAGUAUUUCUACCUUUUGUAUUAAAUCAACAUCGGCAACUCGA